UCUGCUUGAGAUUACGUGGUCACUUCAGUGGCGACGAGGGUGGGAUGAGCCUGCCGCCCCACCAGCGACACCCCGGUAGCCAUGGCCGGAUACGCAAGCCCACCACAGUUCGAGGAAGCUACGGACCACUGGCCGGCAUAUCUAGUGCGGCUAGAAGCUUUCUUCGAAGGCAACGGCAUCACGGAAGAAAAGAAGAAGCGAGCAUUGCUCGUAGCAGGGCUGAGCACCCACACUGUGGCCGUCGUCAGUGGACGCUGCGCGCCAACAAAGCCGGUUCCAGCCAUGGCGGCCGCCUGCAUACAACGGUGGGCCCUCCAGUUGAGCACGUACUCCUACAUCGUCAAGUUCAAAGACGGCAAGGCGAAUGUUCCGGCGGACGCACUCAGCCGCCUGCCACGGGCAGCACAUUCCAGGGAAGUGUCCGGAGACGAGGACGGCGCCGGAAAAACGCCGGCUAUGCUGCUGAUUGGGCGUGAGCUACGCUCCCGAUUAGACAAUUUGUUGCCGUCAGAAAAAGAGCGCGACAGUUACCCCUUUGCCAAUGAUUUCUUGCAGAAGGAUGAACCAAUUUGGGUGCGAAACUACGGUUGCCUCGGAGACCCAUGGACUCAAGCAUGGGUCCAAACAACAGAGGGGUCGUGUAUGGUGACCGCCGAGGGACCAGAGGGCGAACUAAUGCGACGACACUUGGACCAAGUGAAACCGCGUGUUGUGGUGCAGGACUCUGAGCAAGUGCAGCCGCGUCUCUCAGCCGAAGGUGACAGAGCCAUCGACAAGACCGCUAGUGCUGAUACGACGGAUGGGACCACAACCCUGGGACUACGAAGGUCGACCCGUUCGAGACGUCCCCCUGACACGUUCUCACCUUAAGAGAAGAGGAGACUGUUAUAUCGUCAUGCACUGCACGUGCCUAUGAAUCUGGGCACCUGAUGUAAUCACUUUCUACCCUCGUUCUCUAUUUUGUCCCUUCCCCUCUUUCUUGCUGUGUGCUAUAUAUUGCA